UUCCGCCGACGAAUGCACUUCCGGUCUCCAGGAGCCAAUGAGGUUACAGCCACCGGUGUUCCCCUCGCUGGCGUCCGGUCUCGGGUCCUCUCUUGGAUGACUCCGGCCGGCUUGCGGUGAAGACGUGAGUUACAAUUUGAAUGUGAAACCACCGUUGUACCCCAUCUUAGAGAAGACCCUUGACUCAGGUUGGAACGAUUCCAAUAGCCUACCUUGUAGAAUGCUUCAGCUGCACAGAAUUUCCUUUACAACAAGGAAGAUGUCGGAGUUUUCUGUUUAGAUCAACAACUUCAAAUUCUCAGCAUGGAAAAUUCCGAGAAGACAGAAGUGGUUCUCCUUGCUUGUGGUUCCUUUAAUCCUGUCACCAACAUGCACCUCAGGUUGUUUGAGCUGGCCAAGGACUACAUGAAUGCAACAGGAAAGUUUAGAGUUAUCAAAGGCAUAAUAUCUCCAGUUGGUGAUGCAUAUAAGAAGAAAGGACUCAUCUCUGCCCAUCAUCGAGUUAUCAUGGCAGAACUUGCCACCAAGAAUUCAAGAUGGGUGGAAGUUGAUACCUGGGAGAGUCUUCAGAAGGAGUGGAUAGAGACUGUGAAGGUGCUAAGGUACCAUCAAGAGAAACUGGAGGCUGGGAGCUGUGAUCGUCAGCAGGACUCACCUGUGCUGGAAAGGCCUGGACAGAAGAGGAAGUGGGUUGAACAAAGACAAGAUUAUAGUCAGAAGAAGCCCCUAGAGCCAAGAAAAGGUGUGCCAAAGGUAAUGCUGCUGUGUGGGGCAGAUUUCUUGGAGUCCUUCGGAGUUCCUAAUCUGUGGAAGAGUGAGGAUAUUGCCCAAAUUGUGGAAGAGUACGGGCUCGUCUGUAUUACUCGGGCUGGAAAUGAUGCCCAGAAAUUCAUCUAUGAAUCCGAUGUGCUAUGGAAACAUCAGAACAACAUUCACCUGGUGGAUGAAUGGAUCACCAACGACAUCUCAGCCACAAAGAUCCGGCGGGCCCUCAGAAGGGGCCAGAGCAUUCGCUACUUGGUACCAGAUCUUGUCCAGGAAUAUAUUGAAAAGUAUAACUUGUACAGCCCCGAGAGUGAAGAGAGGAAUGUCGGGGUGAUCCUGGCUCCUUUGCAGAGAAAUGCUGCCGAAGCUAACUCGUAAGAGAUUCUGCAGCAGUGUGGACCUCCCCUUGGGAAUCUGAAACAAUCCGGUGUUAGUGGGGAGAGGAACUGUGAUCCUGUUUCAUAAAUUAAAGCUUAAAAGCUCAGUAAAAAUCAGUAGUAAAUUAAAAUCAGGUUUAUCUUCUUAUCAGAAAUUGCUAAGAUGAAUGUUUUCAAUAUGGUCUUGUUUACAGAUCCUUUAUCUGUAAAACAAGAGAUGAACAGCAUUAACCAGAACAUUAAUCAAACUAACUGCAAAUUAGAAAUCAGAAGGACAUCCCGACUUUACCACAUAAGCCAAGUGUGGAAAGCAAGAGUCCAUUUAAAAUCCUAACUUCAGUUAUGAAGGGAACUAACAUUUUAUGCAUGCCUAUUUCUAGGCAGUCUUCAUGGAGGGUGGCUGAGGAAGUAAGUCUUAAAAUUGUGGUUUUGUACAAUGCACCACUGAUCAGUCAUCGCCAGCUAUUCAAGAUACAGGUUAUGAAUGUGCCUGGCAGAAACUUGAUGCCAAUAGUUCAUUCUCUCUGACACAUCUCAGAAUGGCACACAACCUGCCUGGAGCUUCUCCUUUGGUGUUUGGGAGAGGGGCCCAAGCCCUCAAAUGUUAGAUAGGUACAUCAGUGUUUCUGAUGCCCACCAGAGAUAGAGAGCCCCUGCCUUACGUGUCCUACAUGUUCUCUUAGCCUGCUGUGGCUCAUGUUCGAGCCCUAGCCAUCCGCCACCUUUUAUUUUCAGGAAGAACUUCGGCAAUGACAUCACACUACUUGGAAGAGAGAGAACUAUGGAGAAUGAGGAGUCUUAUUAAAAGCUUUUAAGUAUCAGUGCUCUUAGCCUUUAUUGAUAGCCCAGUAAUCAAAAGAUGGAGACCCUAAGAACAUGAGAAAUGCCACAGUGGGUCAGCCCAGCAGCUCCUCCAGCUCAGAAUUGUGAGCAUUGAUGAAUGGCUUGUGGAAGAACUCCCGUGAUCUCAAUCUAAACUCCUGAAUUUCUGAACAGCCCUGCUGGUUCUGUUUCAGCCCACCAUGAAUCAGCAAUUUGUAAAUUUUAGCAGAAAAUGGGUCUGUUUUGUUUUUUUUCUUCUUAUCCUUGUGUAUGGUUUUUAACCAGAGUAGAACUCCCAAAUAAGAAACGAAUCCCAGUUUUAUGUUACAAAUACAAGCUUCUUACAUGGUUUGAUAUUGAUAAAAAUUUUGUUGAAGUUUUAUCAAUUGGUAAAAACAAAAAGACCAGAAAUAACUUUUUAUAUAGUUUAAUGGUUUGUACAAGUCAUUCUGUGAUAGAAAUAUGACUAAAGUUAAAUUUCUAAUGAAAACAGUUUACCUUUUUACAAUUUAUAUUUGAAACUACACAUUACACUACUCAAACCUACACUAAAUUGAAAAGUUUACCUUUUUACAGUUUAUAUUUCAGGCCUACACUAUAAAUCAUUAAGGAUUUAUAACUGCAAUAUACUUACAACUGUGUAAUUUAAUUGUAUAGGCAGAUCUGAAUCGAGUUUAAAAAGUUAAAUGAUAAAGUUGGCAAAUGUAAAUGCUGCAUCUCCUGAUUUGUCCUUACUGAAGCUGGCAGGCUGACUUCCCAGAGAGGCAGGAAGUGGUGCAGUGCCUGACCCCAUGGGUGUCAGUCUCUGCAGAAUGAAUGACAGGAUCUCAGCUCAGAGAGAUGAGGGACUUUCUUCCCUGCCUUAGCUUUUUGGAGCUGCAGAGUUGGGGCAGUACUGAAAAACAGAAGUCUAGAAGCAGAGGAAGCUACCAAAAUUUAACUUUGAUUUCUUCUCAUGGAAAACUGUAUUUCGUUCAACUGAAGUGUGUGUAAACUGCAAGUUUCCAAUGCUAGAAAUUUCUCUUAUACUGUGGUGCCUUCCUACCUAGAAGUACCCACCCUGCUCAGCUGUUAGUAUAUUGACCUCAGGACCCGCUGCAUAAGCAGGUGGGGACCCUCCCAGGAGACCUGGUAAUAAUGAUACUUUUGUGCUGUUUGUUGAUCAACAGCUUUGCACACAUAACGAGUUAGCUUGGCUCUUUGUCCUACUACCAAGGAUGCUGCUAAUGCCACAGCAUAAUAGCCUAGUUUGGGGUGUCCUCAAGGACAGAACUCCCUCUUUAGAUAAUGGAAAUCAGAACAAUGAACUUCACUGGAGGAUAAAUAGUAACAACUGUUGUGACUUCCGCUGAAGAAGAGGAAACUGCCAUUAUUUAUUCCCUACCAUGACUUUUUCAUAAUUUGCUUGUGUAAUACAGAUUUAGAGUUGAGGAAAUGUGUAAAGCUGCUGUUUUGUUUGUUUGAUGCUGGUGUUUUUUGUUGUACUCCUUUACCCCUUACAUUGUACAAUUUGCAGCAAAUGAACUUGUAGUAAAAGGCCUUGACUGGCAGCUUCAUUCAGUUGUACAUACU